AUGGAAGGAGUUGUCUCCUUUCGGAUCUUUAUCGUGUCAUUCCGCGGGGGUGGUGGUCGAGGUGGGGGUCGUGGCGGUGGUUUUAACAGAGGUGGUGGUCGUGGAGGUGGAUUCGGAGGUGGUCGUGGAGGUGGAUUCGGAGGUGGUCGUGGAGGUGGAUUCGGAGGGGGUCGUGGAGGUGGAUUUGGAGGGGGUCGUGGAGGUGGAGGUCGAGGUGGAUUUAACAGAUAUCAAGACUUUGGUCCACCGGAAUAUGUUAUCGCUGUGGGAGAGUUCCUGCACCCCUGUGAGGAUGAAAUUGUCUGUAAAUGUGUGACGGAGGAAAACAAAGUCCCCUACUUCAACGCUCCUAUAUAUCUGGAAAACAAAGAACAGAUUUGAAAAGUGGACGAGAUCUUUGGCCAGAUUCGUGAUUUUUAUUUUUCAGUCAAACUUUCUGAAAAUAUGAAGGCAUCCUCCUUCAAAAAGUUACAGAAGUUCUACAUCGACCCCAUGAAGCUGCUGCCCCUCCAGAGAUUCCUCCCCAGGCCUCCAGGUGAGAAGGGGCCGCCCCGUGGAGGUAGAGGAGGAGGAAGAGGUGGAAGAGGAGGAGGCUUCCGUGGAGGUCGUGGAGGAUUUGGCGGACGUGGAGGUGGCAGAGGAGGUGGUGGUGGAGGGUUCAGAGGAGGCCGAGGUGGAGGCGGUGGACGUGGAUUCAGAGGUGGAAGAUGAUGAAGAACUCAUAGGGUGGGAUCUGUCCUUUCAUCUGCUGUGGAAACAGGUGAGAAGCCAGAAGCAGCAUUUGGGGCCUUGCCAGAGUCUUUUGACUGUUAAUUAAUGCCUCUCUUGUACAGCUGAACUUUUUACUUUUUGUAUUAUAAAUGUAUUUUCUCAGCAGUGGAUUUUUUUAUUUGAUCUACUGAUAGGACUAAUGUUUUAAGUUGCCACGUGUCUGUGUACAAGAGGACGGGAGUCUCCACAACCUUACGUGGUUGGUUUGCAUCCA